AAGAACAACCUUCACAGUUCCACAACACAGCAGCUGAGCAAUCAUCAUCAGAAUGUGUUCUCAAAACUCAAAAUCGAAUAAAAAAGAGAGUCAUAUACCUAACAGAGGCGAGCAAGGCUGGAGGCGACCAAGGCUAAGCUCGGUGGAGGGACAAAUCGCAGCUGAAGGCAGCACAACUGGAGGAGAGACUGGAGGCGGCACGGCAGAGGGAGAACUCGGGCUUCAAGAGGGCGAUGGCAGAGCAAUGGGGGACGGCGUUGGUUAGAGAAGAGAGAGACGCCGGCAGAUGGAGCGGAGGAGGAAACUGCGAUUGAAAAAACAGAGGGACAACAAAGGCUGAAGCAGAAGAGGACGCAGCGACAACACCCUCUGACGGAGGAGAGGAGUUCAGCGAUGUAGAAGGUGGCUGCUAGGGCUGCUAUUAGGGUUGGGUUUGAGUCAGAAACCGUUAAAAACCUGUCGGAAAUUAAAUAAUCGGCUGCUUAUUUAAAAAAUCGGUCAAAAACCGUUAAACCGGCCGGUCUGACGGAAUCGGGUCCUGGCCGCUUUCAGAAACAAAAAAAUAAAAAAAACUAAUAAUUUUCCCUCGUCUCUCUCUGGCUCUCGCCUCUGAACUCGACGCAUGAACGCAGAGAAGAGAAGUGAGAACUCGAAAAUUGGAGGAAGCAGCUCUCCAUCUCGUCGCCGUUCUUCAACGUUCAGUCACCGCCGCCGUCCACACUGCUACAGAUUCGUCGCAAGGCAUCUGUUCCGCCCUCGUUCGCCGUGUUUCGGCCUCCUUUCUGGCCGAGAUUCCACCUCUGUUUCGCCGUGAUUCCGCCGCUGUCUCGCCGAGGUUCUGCCGCUCUUCAGCCUCUGUUCCGUCGCGCUCCAGCCGUCGUCUUUCAGUUCGAGCUGCUUAUCCCUCUGUUCAGCCCUCUCCGUCGCGUGUUGGAGCCUCUGUUUCAGCCUCCGUUCGUCCCCUGUUCAGCCUCCGUUCGUCCGCUGUUCAGCCUAUCGUUCAGCCAUCUCCGUCGCGUUUUAAAGCUCCAGCUCCCUCUCCCUGAUCUGUUCGAAUUUCAGAACGUGCACCUGCCUAAGACCACCACGAUUCGACCUUGGUUGGAUCAGUACACCGUUGAACCGGUCAUUUGACCGGUUUAAUGACCGUUUCGGUUCUCGCAACCUUGGGUUUGAUUGAUGCAGUGGAGGCCGAGGAAGAGGAAGAGGAAGAAGCAGCUGGCAUAGGAUGCAUAUUCCCACAAGAAUCUCAGCACUGCCUCUCUUUCUUCCCUUCCGAGGUGCCAUUUCCUUCCUCACAACCCUUCUCCCUAGAAUAGUUACGCUUUUUCCUUAUUAUCUUCGGGGAUUCGCAAGUCAUCAUUUUCACCUCAUUUGCAACCCGGUGGUAGAAAGCUGAGAAGGGAUUUUCCAAAGAACAUGGCCUGUGGUUUGGAUAACAAGACAGGAACUGCUUUAUUUCGCCCUGCAACAGAUGCUUACGCUUACGCACCUGAGGCUGUUGAAGCUUUGAGAGCUGGCAAGGUUAUUGCGGUCCCCACUGACACACUCUAUGGAUUUGCUUGUGAUGCUUGCUCGUUGGAAGCAGUUAAUAGGAUUUAUGAGAUCAAGGGUCGAAAACAUACAAGCCCUCUGGCUAUCUGUGUUGGAGAUGUAUCAGACAUAUGCCGUUUUGCCGUGACUGACCACUUGCCACAUGGCCUGCUUGAUUCCCUCCUUCCAGGGCCUGUUACAGUUGUACUAAGUCGAGGCGAUUCAAGUGUUCUUGAACGAUCUUUGAACCCGGGAUUUGAUAGUAUAGGAGUUAGAGUGCCUGAUAGCAAUUUCAUUAGAGUCAUUGCUCGCGGUUCAGGAACUGCCUUAGCACUUACAAGUGCAAACCUUAGUGGACAGCCAAGUAGUGUUUGCAUCAGAGAUUUUGAGAAUCUUUGGGAGCAUUGUGCUUUUGUAUAUGAUGGCGGUGUGCUUCCAUCAGGUCGAGCAGGUUCAACAGUUGUGGACCUCGCUACACCACACAAAUACAAGAUACUGAGACCUGGAAGCGCAAAGGAAGAGACAAUUGCCAUCUUGGAAAAGCAUUCUUUAGUUGAAUCAACUGCCCAGUAAACAAGGGGUGAUUAUAUUUAAUUAUUUAUUCGUAUGCAGUGCCACGUUCAAGGCCUCAAUUGUAUUUGCUUGGACAUGUGAGAAAUUAUGACCAGUGGCGGAUCUAUGGGGGGCCUAAGGUGGCCAUGGUCCCCCCCAAAAUUUAAAAAA